GAUUGUCAAGCUAUUUUCUCAUCGUAAUGUUCCGUUCUGGCGCAUAGUAUGUAUGAAACGCCGUGGUUUGGCGUGUGCGUUCUAUUUUAUUUUAGACAAGACUUGACGGCUGUUUAAAAAAACUUCAUGGCUCAUUGUUCGAUUUUGUUAUACCAUUGCUUAGGUUUUUCGUAAACAACUCGAACAAAACAACGUGAAAAUUCAAUGAAGUGGGCGGAAAAUCGUUAUUGUAUUCAGUGAAAAACCUAGGCAUUUCAUCAAGAUUGCCUGAGCAUUGAACUAUAUCUCUGUAACCAAUGGAGGAAAAGAUGGAGAGUGAACACAGUUACAGUGGAGACAGCAGCAGCUCUUCCGAAUCAUCUAGCGGAAGUUCAGACGGAGAUGACGAGGUUUUGGAGCCGGUCCGCAUCAUGGGACAGUCUCUAGAGCUUCCCCAAGAGUUGUGUGAGGACUACUCUGUUUUCAAGGAGUUUUUUUCAAUGAAAACAUGGGAUGCUUUGGAAGAUAAACAUAAAGAAGAACUAAGUAAAUACUUGCCCCAGUUUACAGAAAAUGAGGAAGAGGAGAAGGAGAAAACCAUAAAAAUGCUUUUUAAUCAUGAACCCUUUCAUUUCACAUCACCUCUUGGUGAUUUUUAUAACAAUUUAAGGCAGGGCAACUAUAGGCCAGAUAUAGCUAAAAUGAGAAAAUUUUUAAUGAAAGCAAGAGCUAAACAGCAGAAACACAAGAUAAAGUCUUACUAUGCUAAGUUGUUACCAGAAGUGUUGAUAAGUCGUGAACGCAUAUUAGCAGCUGCCAGAGCAGCACCACCAGGUCCCAUUCCACGUCUUCCAUUAUUACCACCAAAGCCAUCAUCAAAAAACAAUUUUAAACCAUUGUACUUGAGAGCUAAGCAGAGGUAUUUUGAGGAAUUGAAUGCUAUUAGAAGUGAGGUUGGAGGGGAUGAAUCUGAAGAUGAAAAUUACCCUGAAGGUCCACCAGAACAAUCAACAAGAAAGAGGAAACAAGCUCAAGGACAACCUACUGAUGGAAAUGUAUCUGGCACGUUAGGUGGUUCCGAUCAGUCAAACUUAACAUCCCUGGAAUGUUUAAAGAAUGUUUUAGCAGCUCAUAGAACAAGAAGACAAUAUAGAGAGAACCACCCUGAACUAAAUACAACAGGAAUUACAAUAGAUGACAUAAAGCAGAGAGUAGCCCUUGUAAAUGGUGCUAAGAAACUAAUGUUUGGUGGACCGAAAAGUGGAUCACCAUUACAGAAGUUACGGAGAGCUCCUAAGAAAGAUAGUGGUGGUAAAAAUAAGGGACAAGAAAAAGCUGCCACUAAGAAAGUGAAGGAGGAACCAUAUGAAACUGUUGAAAAUAAACCUCUGUUGCCAAAUAUAAAGAUUAAGAGUGAAAGAGAAGAGUCUGACUCAGAGAGUUCUUCAUUUGUGGAUCCCAUUACUAGUCCCAAAUCUUCCAAGAAGGUUGACCAUGUAGAAAUUAAACAGGAAGUUAUUGAUAAAUAUCCUAGCAGUAUGUCUAAUAUAAAUUAUAGUGAUACAAAAUUAGAAAGCAUAGUGAAACAAGAGCCUCCUGAUACAAUAAUGUCAAUGCAGAACUCUGCUAGAGGACCCAUACAUCAAGCUGUGCCCAUCAAAUUAGAGGAUCUUGAUGGAAUUGAUAUGAUGGCUCUUCCAGUAGAACUAGCAGAUGACUCCGGAGAAGUGAUUCAAGUGGAGACAUCAACAGAGACAGUCGAGGAGUCACUAGUGGACCCUGACGAGUCUUUGACAGAGACUACGCAUGCAAACUUCUUGUCCCUAGUACGAGCAUUGUUCCCAGCUAGAGCGGCCCAUAGAGCCUCUAAGCAACAGUUGCAUGCAAGGUGCGCUGCUGUCAUGAGGUCCCCUAUAGCUCCACUCAAUACUUGGUAUAAUUUGUCUGAUGACUGGUGUGGAGAAUUAGAUUCUGCACUAGAUUUCCUAGCAGGAGAAAGAGGACAGCAUCCAGAUGACUACGUGCCAUAUCUACAGUUUUUACCUGAAUCACAGAUGUAUCAAUGGAUCGGUGCGGGUCGUGACUGCGACGCCAUACUCGGGCGUUUGUGUGAGCGAUGGCUUCGAGCUGCCUCGCCACCUCCGCCUGCCAGAGAACCGCCACCGCCUAGGCAUCCUACAACUUGGUCAGUCCGUCCAGCAACUGAGUCCGAAUUGAUGGAUUUCCGCUCACAAGAACGAAAAAGAUUUUCUAUGGCUGCCAAACCAUUCACUUAUAUACAGUAUGGGUAUCGGUCAGUAGUAGGUCCAGUAGUGCGUGGGUCUGGCGGCGGUGGCGCGGUGCUGGUGAGUUCCCGGCCGCGACACGCCGCGCUGCCUGCACUGGUGCGGGACGCACUGGCACGACUGCCCAACGGAGAGGGAACUAGGCAUCAUGUACUCACUUUGUUAAGAAUGUCACAAUGGGUAGCACCUUGCAGUGAUCAAACACUGCUAAGCGCGGUGUCGUCAGUAUUAGAUAGACUUGUCUCAGCUAAACGCGAUCCUGUCGUCAAAUACGACCAACGAACUGCUGUAUGGACUUACCUUCAUAGGCAUAGGAGUGAAGAAGAUUGGCUGAAGAUUUCAAGUGGUAGGUCGCGCAACAGUAAAUUGAACUCCAUGUUACUGUCGCCGUUACCUUCCACGUCGAACCCUCCGCAGCCAGUGAGGCCCACUCCUAUAGCCACCUCUAAGGAACCUCAACAUACGCCACCACAUGCGCAGAUGGAGUUAGAAGUGGGUAGUAUUGAAGAAGUAGUUGAGAACGCAUCGGACAGUGAUGUGGACGUGGAUGAUAGUGGGCAGUCGUCUUCAGUCCCACACAUGUCCUCCGCUCAGCUACUAAUGCAAGCUACUCAAGCUUCGCAAGGCAAACUAGUUACAUUGCCACCCAAACCAAAAGGAAAACUUGUCGCUACACCACCCCCGAAACCAAAGGCUAACAUAAUACCGAAAGCUGCUUCAGUGAAACAACCUGCCAAGCAACAAUCUGCACUCAUGGCUCAGUCUGCAAAACAAGCGAAUUUACUCGCACAAGCUGUACGACAGAGUAAUGUAAAUCAAGCAAAACAAACCACCAUCAUUCAACCACCUAAACCACCUGUACCGCAGUCGCCGAAACAAACUAAUGUGCCGCUACAAACGCCGAAACAAGCAAAUGUUACUCAAGCUGCUAAGCAAGCUGUUAUAUCUCAAGUAAUCAAACCAACCAUUGUAAAGCAAGCCACUCCUCAGGCCAAGCCACCCACUCAGACUGCCCCGGCGACUCAAUCUCCCAAACAGGUUCAACCACAACAACCCAAGCAGAUUAUUGUCAGUCAAACAUCAACUCUCUCAGGACAACUAUCAAAAUCGUUGCCCUCAGUAGUGGCACCACCUAGUAAGUCACCUCUUAUCAAACAAAGGCCGCUACAAAAAGGGGAAGGGUCGCAAUCUCAGGUUAUAAACACUACGGCAAGUCAAUCGAAUUUACAAACUACAACUGUGGUGCAACCAACGAGUACAGCUACUGUACAGGUUCUUCAGAAUAAGGUCAAUCCAGGCACGCGGUCACUAUUAAUAAGACCGACGGCAGUUCAAACUACUGUUACCGCAGUAGCAACUACACCUGCUACUCAGGUAACACCUACAACUAGACGCGGCGUAGUCAGAGUGUUGAGUCCAGCUACUCCGGCGUCAGGGAAGUCACUCAUAUCACCGAGAGCAUUGAUGCAACAAGGUGCUACUGCAGCUAAGAAAAGACCCACAGUGCCAAAUACUGUGUCUGUCACAACUGUUGCGCAGAGUACGGGUGGGGUGACUGCAGUAGUGAGCAGCGUGCCCACCGCGGUGACGUCGUCCGUCACCACUCGCACCGUACAGCUCGCCGGCGGUCGGACAGUGCAGCUCGCCGGGCAGCCCGUGCAGCUCGCGGGCGGGCAGGCCGUGCAGCUCGCGGGCGCGCAUGGCGUGCAGGCCGUGCAGCUGGCAGGAGGCCAGGCCGUGCAGCUGGCAGGAGGCCAGGCCGUGCAGCUGGGCGCCGGCCACACGCUGCAGCUGUCGGCGCUGCAGCUGCAGCACGCGGUGCGCCUGCCGGGCGGCCAGACGGUGCAGCUGCCCAGCGGACAGACCGUGCAGCUGGCCGCGCCGCUGCGCGUGUCGGCCGCCAGCACCAAGAGCCCCACGCCGCGCCCGCACCAGGCCGCCGCAGCACUCAAGACCAUCCCCACCACGCAACCCGUCCAGAUCCCCGUGUCCACAGUGCAGUUAGCCGGACAGACUGUUCAGAUCGCCGGCCAGACUGUCCAGUUAGCCGGCCAGAGUGUGCAGUUAACUGGCCACACUGUCAAAUUACCCAGCGGACAAAGUGUUCAAGUAGCUAGUCAAAGUGUGUUGCCAUCGCAAAGUGUUCAACUACCUAGUGGCCAGACCGUCCAAAUAGCUAGUGGCAAUGUACAAACUGUUCAAUUAAGUGGAUCUAAUGUUCAAUUAUCUGGUCAGAGUGUUCAAAUGCCGAGUGGUCAAACAGUUCAAUUAGGAUCACAAACAGUGCAAUUAAGUGGGCAAACAGUGCAACUGGCGGGUCAAUCAGUUCAAUUGCCGAGUGGACAAACAUUGCAACUAUCUAGUGGACAGACUGUUCAGUUGUCUAGUGGACAAACAUUGCAGUUGGCGAGUGGGCAAACUGUGCAGCUAGCUAAUCAAACACCGAAGUCAAUCGCUCAGGUUGUGCGAAGUCAAUCUACUGGCGACAAGACCUCGAGUGGGCAGCCAAUAGUGGCUAAAUUAUUGACUAAUGCACAAGGUCAGAUGUUGUCCCUGGAGGGUGUAGGCGUGGGUGGCGGAGCGCGUACAGUGCAGGUGUCGGGCGCGGUCCGCGCGCGCGGCGCCGUGCGGGUCCUGUCCCCCGCCACUAGACUCGCCCGACCAUUGCUGCUCACCUCCGCCAAACCGCUGCAUAAUAUUAUAUUGCAGCAAAGUGAUGGCAACACUAUAAGAGUAACAUCGAGUGGUGCUGUCUCAUCGUCACAAACUUUAGUAUUAAGUAAUAUUGGUGCACAAACAGUGACAACGUCGUCGACAUCUGCGCCCGUUUUAAAACUACAACAGGUGAAUCCAAUACAACAGGUUAAACUCGCGCAGGGAAUAAAAAUUCAACAGGCUGUGACAAGUGCAGGGGCGACGACAUCUAGUGGUGUUCGCAGUGUACUAAUGGACGGGCAGCAACUGAAACUCGUGGGAGGGCGCCACGUUCUCGCCAGGAUACUAAGACCUGCUCAUCCACCUCAAUAACUUUAUACUAAUUAAUUACUAUAAUGGUAACAUUUUUUGAAUAAUUACUUUCUUAAUGGCCUAUUUCACCACUCAUAUAAGUACCCUAUGACACUGGUACAAAGUUCAUACAAAAUAUGUUCUAUAUUAAAAUUUGUCUGGCAGACAGUGGAUAUCUAGAGUAUUUGAAAUGGGCCAUAAAUAUUGAAAGGCUGAAGCAAAGUAAAGGUGAUCAAAAUUACGUUGAAAUUCCAUGGUUAGAUGUCGAUCUUGGCACCAUAAUCGUCUUGAAACACUCAUUUGAUCUGAUAACGGAUUGAUCAGUGGUGUAUUUGCUGUAAAUAGUUCUAGUUUCUAUAUUAGACACAGAUUAAAAAUUGAUUUUAAUUCGAUAGGUUCAUUUUGGGACACAUUCUAUAAUCCUUGAUUCUUAACUUUAUAUUUGUACAUAAUAUAACUCUUGCUUACGUAUAUUAUAAUACACAAUUUGAUUUUAUAAAUAUAGAAACAAAAUUUAGUUUUUUUUUAAAUUUCCUUUAAAAGGGUAUUGUACAAAAUAUAGUAUCUUAGUGUAUUCGGUUGUAAAGUUCUAAGUUGAGAAUAUUUUUCUAAAGAAAUUAAUUGAUUAUAUACAAUUCGUUAUUUAUUUUGAACUAACGAAAGUAUUCAGAGUCCUAUUAAUCAGUUUUUUAAGCUGAAGUAACGGAUGUAAGUUUUAAAAUGUUGUAAAUAGAUAAUUGUAAGGUUUUAAUGGGGAACAUUUAUUAUUUGAUUAUGUUAAUUUAUUGUUUGUAUAUAGAGGACAAUGUAUACGUCAGAAUAUUGAUUAUACGAAAAAUCUUAUUGUCUAUUACGGGCCCAUUUUUUUCAAUGCUAGAUAAAUUUUAACUGACGAAUAACUUUCAAUAAUUGACAAAUCCAUAGUGAAAACUGUCGUCGAAUGUCAAUAUUAUUCUACAGUUAAAAAUUAACUGAUGAUUGAAAGAUUGACCCUUACAGAUAUAUGUCGCAGCCAACUAGCUUAAUUAUUACUUUACGUCCUGCGUGAGCGAUCUAGAAGCGAAUGUGGAGUGGUGCGACGCGGGGCGAAAACAACGAAACUUUCGAAACCUAUUGACAAUACGCCAAUGAGAUGCGGUGCGAAAUGACACGGACCCGAUCGGUUUGAAAUUUUCGCGUGAACUGUCGUAUAUGGAUGGGGUUUUUUUUUAAGGGGGGAAAAUCAUCGAAUGACUGGGGAAUCGCCUGGGUGAGG